UGUAUCUCUUCGUGCGCUCGCAGUUACUUUUCGAUAUCGGUAGAGUAUAUACUCAAAUUUAGUGAAAAUUAAUUUAUUAAACUGAAAAUUUAUUAAUUAAUUCUGUGGCAUUUUAAUUGUUAAUUGGAUAUAAGUGCAAGCUCUACACUGAAAAAUAUUAUAUUUAGAAAGGUGGCUAAUUCGGUAAAAAAAUAAAAUAGAAGUUCGACUGAUUUGUGUCAAGCAUUGAAUGUUUGCUUAAAAUUAUAUGAAUAUCAAGUUAAACGAACAAAAAAAAAAUCGCAAAAAAGGUGUUCUCUGUAAGAGAAAGACGAAUAAAUUGGAGAAAAAAAUUAUUCACAUAAAAUGAAACCAACUGUGAUAAAUAAUGGAAAUACCAGUGAAAAUAGCAAUCCAACUGUUCCGCAAACUGCAGCAAACAACGUUCAAUCGGAUACAAAUAAUAACACAAAUAGGAUAAAUAAUGACCCUAGAGGAUUUCCGACACCAUUUUCAGCUAGAGAAUUUGGAUUUGAUGACUCAGACGAUGACAUAUUCUCGGAUAUGGGAUUGCGAUCACGAAUGAAUCGAAUGGGGCAUCCGUUUGAUUGGGGUGUCAGGAAGCGCCGAGGCUCCACUGGUCACACGGAACCACAGCCAAAUGCAUAUGAGAAUUUCUUUCCGGAUGAACCCGACUUUGCUGGAUUUGGCUCACCACAUUGGGACACUUUUAAUGCGGCUAGAAAGCGUAAUCAACACCCAACUGCGGAUCGAAGCGGUUUUUUUGAUUAUUUGCCACCAGAAUUUCGUCAAUAUGUUCCUGAGCACUUUGGAUUUUCCAAUAUGAGACAAAAUCCUCAGAUGCCUCAAGCAUCUGCAGCUUUUCAAAAACCACCGCAUCCUCAACAGCAACAACAACAACCACAAUAUCAUCCCCAACAGCAACAACAACAAUACCAUCCCCAACAACAGCAACAAUAUCAUCCCCAACAACAACAGUACCAUCCCCAACAACAACAACAAUAUCAUCCGCAACAGUUACAUCCUCAACAACAGCAGCAAUAUCAGCAGCCACAAACAAUCCCAACAUCACCCAAACCUAAUUUAUGUGAUGCAGCAAUUCAAACGGAGGAUAUUGAUAAGCCUCAAACCCAAGCUAAUAAUCUGAAUCAACCUGGAUUACGCAAUACAGUCGACCUGGGUCGAAAAUCACAACAAGAAGAAGUAAAAACAGAAGGACGUGCUCAUUCUGCUCCUCCCAGGGAGGACCUUGUGGCCCAACAAAGAGCCGCUUAUCAAACUGAUAAUCAUCCUAUAUCUCAAGACACGUUCGGUGCAGCAAAUAAUAGUUCGUAUUCGAAUACUGGAACAAGUAUGACACCACAAUGCAAUGUGCCACAACCACAAUUCAACGCUGCUCAAUACCAGCAACAAAAGCAGCAACCACCUCAACAGCAAAACACUCAGCCUCAAGGUCAAUACACCAGAUCAGUUCCCAUAUUUGUCGAAGGCAGAAGUGCUCCACUCGUCAAUAAAAUAAACAUACCGCAGCAAAAUUUGGAUCAAUCUCAGUCGAACCAGUCCAAUCAACAAUCUCAACGCCAAGAAACACCAACCCAACAAGCACCAAAAACACAGCACAGGCCUGCUCCAUUCAUAGCCAAAGAGAAUGUGCCGGAACCAUCCGCCGAACAGUCACAAAUUCCUCCACAAACACCACAUACUACCGACUGCAUUAAUAAAAUUCAGGAUAUUCAGCGAGACGUGCUCGAUUUAAUGGGUAAAGUGGAACGGUUCGGUGGACUGAAAGGUGACAAAGAGUAUGCGUAUUUGGAUGAAAUGUUGACAAGGAACUUAUUAAAGUUGGAUACCAUAGAUACAAAUGGUAAGGAAAGUAUUCGAUUAGCACGAAAGGAGGCUAUAAAGUGCAUUCAGGCGUCCAUAGCUGUAUUAGAUGCAAAAUCUGAAAUCAAUGCUAGACCGAAAGAGAACGAGACAGAAAAAACGGAAGCAUCUACGGAAAAGAACGGGGAUGCGGAAAAAAGCGUAGAAAAUGUCACCGAACCGACAGAGGUUCCGACGAAAGUGGAUUCAGGUGAAGCUGAGGCAUUGGAUACUCCAAAAAUUGUGUCUGAAUUAAAAAUAAACUUAAGUGAUGAAACAGCAAACGCAACAAAAGUGCCGGAAGUUGAAAAUUCGAAUGUAGAUGGAAAAGAAAAUGAUAAAUCCAAUGAAGAAAAUGUGCCCAAAGAACAGUAAAAAAAGAUGGAUUUUGUUGCCAGUGUCAUAGUUUUCUUUUUUAAAUUUCUUUCAUUGUCAGUGAUUCCUUGGAAUUUGUAUUGAAUUUUCUAAAAUGUCGACUAUAUUUCGUGGGCGACCAAUGUCCUUUUGAUGUGCAAUGCAUUAAAUGAAUAAUUAAAGUUUCAAAAUCGGUUACUUAUUAUUUAUCAUUGAUCUAAUUUAUUAGCGUAAAAUGUCAUCGAUGCGAUGGUAUAAUUUUAAUUGUUUUUAGUUUUCUCAAUUGAGCUACUGGAAUAAAUAUUUUAAAAAUUU